AAAUUAUUAUUGUACGUCAUUUUUUUGGUAGGCUAUGGGGCUUAGCGGCUGACUGUGUUUCUCUAUAAAUAAUUAAAAGUACUGAGUGACCAAUAGUUUUAGCAUUAUCAAUUUAGUGAUUAGUUAGUAAAGAGUGUUCACAUAAUGUCUUAUUCUCAUAAAUAUACUUGGGCGGCUUUGCCGAGGACCCAGAGAGGUACACCGCUAGUUUUAGGCGGAGACCCGAAGGGUAGAAACUUCCUGUAUACCAAUGGGAAUUCCGUUAUCAUCAGAGAUAUUGAGAACCCCGCGAUCUCGGAUACUUAUACAGAGCAUUCUUGUCAAGUGAAUGUCGCAAAAUAUUCGCCAAGCGGUUUCUACAUUUCUUCAGGAGACGCGUCCGGUAAGAUUCGCAUUUGGGAUACGGUGAACAAGGAACAUAUUCUGAAGAAUGAGUUCCAGCCAAUCGGAGGGCCGAUCAAGGACAUCGCGUGGAGCGCUGACAACCAGCGCAUGGUGGCUGUCGGAGAAGGACGAGAGAGAUUCGGACAUGUGUUCAUGUCGGAAACUGGUACGUCAGUGGGUGAGAUCAGCGGUCAGUCCAAGCCGAUCAACUCAGUGGACUUCAAACCUUCAAGGCCGUUCCGUAUCGUCACAGCUUCUGAAGACAACACUCUCGCCGUCUUCGAAGGACCUCCAUUCAAGUUCAAGUGCACUAAACAGGAGCACACGCGAUUCGCCCAGGCAGUCCGUUACAGUCCCGAUGGCAGUCUCUUCGCCUCAGCCGGGUUUGACGGUAAAAUCUUCUUGUUCGAUGGCGCCACCUCCGAACUGAAGGGAGAGAUUGGCUCACCAGCUCACAAGGGUGGAGUAUACGGUAUUGCAUGGUCUCCCGAUGGCAAGCAAUUACUGUCCUGCUCCGGUGACAAGACCUGCGCUAUUUGGGACGUAGAGACCAUGCAACGUACUGUUACCUUCAACAUGGGCAAUGCUGUUGAAAACCAGCAGGUAUCCUGUCUCUGGCAAGGCAAGCACCUUCUAUCCGUGUCUCUGUCCGGAGUCAUCAACUACUUAGACAUAGAGAACCCGGACAAGCCACUGCAGAUCCUGAUGGGACAUAACAAGCCUAUCACCUGUCUUGCACUGCACCCCGACAGACAUACUGUUUACACAGCCAGCCAUGAUGGGUGUGUCACCGCUUGGAAUGUUGCUACUGGCUCGGGCCGCCACGUGGCGGGCGCGGGGCACGGCAACCAGGUGCAGGCCAUGGCGGCGGCCGCGGGCGCGCUGCUCUCUUGCGGGAUCGACGACACACUGCGCCGCGCUGCGCCGCCUGCUGAAGGUGAAGUGCCAGCAUACACGGAUGUAUCGAUCCCCCUCGGUUCCCAGCCGCGCGGUAUGGACCAUAUCAUUGAAGAUGACACCACUAUCGUCGCCACUGUUAAAGAGUUGGCUGUAGUGAUCGGUACUAGCAAGCAAUCGAGCUUGCCGCUGUCGUACGAACCGACUUGCGUCAGUAUCGACACCAAAUCUAGACACGUCGCUGUUGGUGGAGCUGACAACAAAGUCCACAUGUACACUUUGGACGUCCGGACCCUGACCCCAGGAGUAACCUUGGACCACCUGGGCCCCGUCACCGAUGUAGCAUUCAGCCCUGACUCUAAGUACUUGGUCGCCAGCGAUGCCAAUAGAAAGCUUAUUCUGUAUUCCACAGACGAGUAUAAGUUGGCUCACAACAAGGAAUGGGGCUUCCACACGGCGCGCGUGAACUGUGUCGCGUGGAGCCCGGACUCCACUCGCAUCGCGUCCGGGUCCCUCGACACCUGCAUCAUUAUAUGGAGCGUCGAUACUCCUAACAAACAUACCAUCAUUAAAAAUGCCCACCCUCAGAGCCAGAUAACGGGAUUAGCCUGGCUGGACGACGAGACGGUCGUGUCGGUCGGACAAGACGCAAACACUCGCGUCUGGACCGUACCCAAACCUUAAACCUUCCUAAUAUAACACUGGUGGAAUUUUCUAUGACUAAAUACAUUUUAUUACUGAUCUAGCCACUCCCGCGCACCCCAGUUGGCCGUAGCGUGAUGGUUUAUAGCCUAUGGACUAUCCAAAACAAAAUGAAUUUGAUACUUGUCUAUAUCAAAAAUAAAUUCUUUCGAUCUUCUGUUUAAUACAAUAC